AAAAGUUCGAUAGCUCGAAGGUCAGUACGUAUGAACGUGUUGAUGCGUCUACAGUCUACAGUACAACUAGAGAAGAGGAAAGAUCGUUCGACGUUAUUUUCGAAUUAAGACAACAGUGAUAUCAACGAGAUUCUUUUCAGACGAGCAGAUUUAUAAAAAGAUGCCGAAAUCGAAGGAAUACGUGUUAUCUUCCGAUGACGAUAGCAGCGAAAACGAGGAAGUGAAAUCGAAGAGGAAGCAAAAGAGGGAAAUCGACGAUACCGGCGAGAAGACAUCGAAAAAGUCCAAACGAGAAUCGAGCGAAAACCAGGAUUAUACUUGGGAUUUAGGGAACAAUCGCCAAGUCACUGUGAGGGACUUUAAGGGGAAAAUAUACGUUGACAUCAGAGAAAUGUAUUUCGAUAAAGAUGGAAACUUAAAACCAGGAAAGAAAGGUAUUUGCUUGAGCGUGGCGCAAUGGCGGAAAUUAUCGGCCGUUAUCGAAGACGUGGACAAAGCGGUACAUUCGAAAUCUUGAAAUACUCAUUUAUUACUUAAAAAUACUUAUUUUCUAAUGUAUGUUUUCUUUCGUAUCGUUUCUAAAUACGCCAAUGCUCCGUUUAUCCGAACCGAUCGAGGUGGUGAGAAAAGACGGUUUAAAUACAAUAAAAAUACUAUAUAAGCGAAUCUCUCGGAUCUGUACUGUUGCUUAUAUCGUAUAGGUUAUGUUCGCUUAUAUCAAAUUGUUACUGUAAUAGAAUAAUUCGAAUAAUUAGAAAGACAGCCUGUAAGGCCUGACGAAUCGUCUAGCCUACUGUGGACAUACUUUGUACUAAGGCUUCGUUGACAAUUGUCCAAUCAAUAUACAUACAGUCGAUUAGAGCCUCGACUACAGGCGUAAAAAUUCGAAUAUUCGUAUUUUCUUCAGAGCUCUAAUCUCGACCGUAAUUCGGAUAACGACAGCUCGAUAUACGUAUAUAUAAGUUUCAUCUGUAAAACGUUACGUGUCAAUUCGUUUUGCCCGUAUUGCGAGGUAUUUAUAAUAAAAUUACUUUUCAUCCAAAC